GUGGCGCGUAGAACGAUCUGGGGAGGUUCCAAGAAAUUUCCAGAAACCAUGAAAUCAUGUGUAAUUUUAGAAAUGACGACAUUUCUCCUGUCUCCAAUUUCUUCAUGAUUUUCACAACUAAAAAGGAAGGAAAAAGACUCUUACUUCUAUGGAUGAGUUUCAUUUAACUGUCGUUUUCCCGUCUUGUUUUUGAAAACAUCCUCCGGGGAUUUCCGACAGAGGCGCUGGCGCUGUUCUCGCAGUCUCUUCUCGAAGGAAAAGUGAAUGUCAAUCUGUGAGCAGAAGGUGCGGAAAUUCAGUGAAAAACCCAAUGAAAUCCUUUUCCGGGGGAUUUUCUGCGUAAUAUGCCGAAGAACAGCACAGAAUCGCGCCUGUGGAGAAUAGUCAAACGCAGUCUGGGCAUCGGAAUAGCGGCUGAGGUGGUUUUUCUCGCUGGCUCGUACGCCGUGUGGCAUCGCAUGAACACCAACUCGGAGUUCCGGAAAUAUAUGAACGAGAACUAUCCGUACUUCCUGGAGGGAUUCUACAGAGUUGGUGAGCUUCUGGGCAAGGGCGCGGAGAUUCGUCAGCUGGACGCUGCGCAGUGGAACAGAAGUCAGUCGAAGAGGGAUUGAUUCUUCUCAUGGCUCCACUCUUUGUCUAUGUGAAGUCAGCUGCGUGGUUAGUUACUUGCUCAGCUCUUGGCUACGUUUUCCUGAAGAUCACUGAGCCGAAGACAUUGAAAUUGAC